GCUCUGGAACCGUUUCUGAAGAAGUCGCUCAGAGGGACAUGUAUCUGAUAUCCACCUCUCAUGCUCCCGACUGAUCCACGCUCACCUUCCCACCCGGCGAACCACAGAUAGAGGCUGCGAGGCGCACCGUCCGACGCACAACGAGUUCUCCACUCACUUCGUCUACGUUUCUCAGCAUGGCGGGACUCGCGUGUUGGAAGUAUUACCUCUGGAUCUUUAUUUUAAUGUGCAGGUCCGCCUUACCCGCGGCCAAAACGCUGGAGACCAUCAUCUGGAGCUCACAGAACACCAAGUUCCUGCCUGGAAAAGGCCUGGUAAUCUACCCUGACAUCGGGGACAAGUUGGACAUCAUUUGUCCCAAAGCGGACCAAGGCAGAGACUAUGAGUUCUACAAGCUGUACCUGGUGAAGAGGGAGCAGGCGGAGAGCUGCAGUACAGUUCUCGACCCUAAUGUCCUGGUCAACUGCAACAAACCAGAGAAGGACAUCAAGUUCACCAUCAAAUUCCAGGAGUUCAGCCCCAACUACAUGGGCCUGGAGUUCAAGAAGAACGUCAACUACUACAUCACAUCAACUUCCAAUGGCACAGUUGAGGGCCUGGAGAACCGUGAGGGAGGCGUGUGCAGGAGCCGAGCCAUGAAAGUCAUCAUGAAAGUCGGACAAGUUCCCAAUGCAGCAAACCCUGCAGCGCCAGACGCUCCGGAAAACAACGCCAUACCAGAGUCAAGUCCGGGUCCCCCCGACCAAGGUCGCAAGGAUCCCGUGAUGCCUGGAAAUUCUGACCACAUGAAUCAGGACCAGGGUUCCUCGUCAAACACAGACGGCAUCUUUGGGUCCAGAGUGGCCGUGUUCUCUGCCAUCGUGGCCGGCUGCGUCAUCUUCCUCCUGCUCAUCCUACUCCUCAUCAUUCUGCUCAUCAAGAUGCGCAAGCGGGCGAGGAAAAACACCCACUCUCAGCCCCGCCCCUCCGCACUAUCACUCAGCACGCUGUCCAAUCCCAAGCUACCCGGGGGCACAGCUGGCACUGAGCCCAGUGACAUCAUCAUUCCGCUGCGGACAGAGAACAACUAUUGCCCUCACUAUGAGAAGGUGAGCGGCGACUAUGGCCACCCCGUCUACAUCGUCCAGGAGAUGCCCCCACAGAGCCCCGCCAACAUCUACUACAAGGUCUGACAGGCUCUGCACAGCCAGCGAUUCAACCAGGAGCGAGGAAGGAGGAGCGCUUGAUUUAUGUUCCUGGGAAGAUCACCUUCCUUUGCAUUCUGGGACCUGAUGCUUUUUCAAGCCCUUGUUAUUUCUACCACCUGCUGCACAAAUCUGGAGAGACACGCACUGACCAGUUCCUUGUCUGGGUUGUGAGCUGACUGAUGAGAGGUUUAUUUUGUUUGUUUGGUUUGACUAAAAAAAAAAUAAAAAAAACCCUCACCCUCCUCCUUCUCCUCCUCCUCCUCUUACCCUCACCCUCACCCCUCCAAAACUUCUCCUCCCCCCCUCCCCCUGUUGUGCACCAACGGAGAACAGGGCUGGAGCAAAUCAACAGAUGGAACUUUAGCUUCCUGGUUUGCUGUCCGCUUUAAUGGGCAGAAUAUAACUUAUCUCCGUUCCCUCCAGUACAGUCUGUGCUACACCCAAUUAAACACACCACCCUAGCACACCAGCAAGAAACAGGCAGACACAGGCCCCCGAACGCCACUCAGCCUGCAGUCCGUGUGCAGGCGUAGAUGUGCGUCCGCGAAUGUGUGUGUGCAUGAGUGCAUGUCGGUGCGUGUGAGUGUGCUCGUCAUGGCUCAGUGCUGGACCAGGAAACUCUCCAGAUAGCUCAGGUAUUAGACACAGUGUGUGAAAUGAUGUGCUCCUCUCCCUUCGCACCUCUGAUGUUUGCCUUACUUAACUAUUUUUGAUGGAGGAUUUCCACGAACCCUGAGUCAGUUCACAAAGCAGUUGUAUUUUGUUAAACUUUUCCUACAAGUGCACAAUGUAUAGAAUUUAAUAGAUGGUCAUUACUAGACCCUUCAUCCUUUCACUAGCCAUGUCAUCAACUUCCCCCGCCAAAAAGAAUCAUCUCGUUGCCCCCCUUAAAGGUGUGUGUGUGUGUGUGUGUGUUUAUAUGCUAACCUCCCUCCUCCGCUGUCCUGAUGACAGCUUUACCAGUUACUUUGGUAUUUAUGACCUACUUGUGUCCUCUGGGUGUGUGUUUGGACAUGUCUUGUCUUGUGUGGUAUCCAGGCAGACUGAUUUCUUUAGGGGGCGGGGCAUUAGGUUACUGUACGACGGACUGCAAACAGGCAAAUACUGGUGGCACAGAUUUGCGGCGCAGUAAUGAAACGGUGAUCAAACAUGGCUGCGGUGAUUUGGUGCUCGUUAGCCUAAAGACAACGAGUGGCCCGCGUGUACCAGAUGAACGGCUGAACAUUGGGAUGCAUUACUGUCAGAUGCCAAUUUGCUGCCAUCUGUAAAUGAGUCGGUGGAGUCGGCAGUCCGUGAUGUCACCAGCAUGUGAUUCAUCUGUGUGCCAUCAGGGCAGAGAGAGAGAGACAGAGAGACAGAGAGAGAGAGAGAGAAAAUGUUCCUGUGACUUGGCUUCAACUUUAAAGCAAGAUGGCAACAGAGGGGAGAAAUGGCGAGGGUGGGGGUGAGGGUGGGGGCGCGGGGGGGGCAGUGCAGUUUAGCAUUCAAUUUUCCAUCCGCUCACUAGUUGUGCUGUGAAUAAAAAUGCUGUGCCGAGUUUUCCUCAGUCAAGGUGUUAAGGCAGCGAGGACGCUGCAGCUCAGCUAUCACCCAGUCCAGGGCAGAGACCGUGGGGCAGAUUUACUGCAGCUGGAUGUUAGCACACACACACACAUGUGUGUACAGUGAGCUCUGCCUGUAGCUGGAUGAUUGGAUCUCUGUGUGUUUUUUUUUUUUUUUUGCUUAUAUUUGCAGUUUUUCUCUCUGCGUUUGCACUGUAAGAAGCAUCGCAGUCACAUGACGGUGUGUGUGUGUGAGAGAGAGAUAAACUGUUGUUUCAUGAACAUGUUCUCACACACACACAUAUACACACAGGCACACACACACGUCCAGGUUGAUCUCUCCAGACAUAAGGUCAGGCUGUGGCUGAUCCACUGGCGGAGAAUGACCGAUCGUCGGCUGCCACAAACGAUUGUCGUUCGCAGAUUUACAUUGCUGAGAUAAAAGGCAGUCCAGCUUGAAGACUCUGGGAAGACUCCAAUGGCUUUUGCGUGUCGUUAAAUUUAGAGUUAACAGCCUAAACAGCUGCUCGUGCUUUUGUGGUCCUGCGUUUUAACUCAGCAUGCAGCCCCUCGGCGGCUCUCUGUGAAACACAUCCAGAUCAAAUAUUUUUGUUUCACAUGGCUUCACAUCCGUUCACUUAAACCAGCCAAGGGAGUCGUUACCAAAUUAUCACCAACCAUAUCUCAUUCUCGUUCAUUCUUCAGACCACUUUUUAAAAUUCAGAUUCCGGGGCGGGAGGCGGAGAUAGAAAACAAUAAGAAGAGAUAUCAGAAGUAAAAAAAACAAAAAAUGUAAAUACAUGGAUUUUGAGCCCAUUUUAUGAUGUAAUUUCACCUGAACACUGCUCAUAAUAAAAAAAAUUUAAAAUUAGAUUUUUGUAAUGGAGGAAAGUUUGUAAAUAGCUGUCUUUUUUAAAAAAGGGUGUUUUGUAAGAAUUCUUGCAUUUUUGUCUGUGUUUGCAAUAUGUCUUUAUUUUAUUUUCUUUUUAGACCUAAACGGAAUAUUGCAACGGACACAGAGGCUGUCUCUUUUCACAGUGUCCAGUAUUGUCAAGAAACUUUGUUA